AUGGCGGGCUCCCGUCUGCCUCAAGGGGCUUACGCUAUCGGCAUUAUUUGUGCACUUUUCGAGGAGAAGGCGGCAGUCGAAGCAAUGCUAGAUGAGAGACACGAAGCACUGGAUCAAAAGCCCAGCGAUACCAACAGCUAUACCUUCGGCAAAAUUGGCAAGCACAAUGUCGUCAUUGCCUGCCUCUCGGACCAAGGCAAAGCUGCAGCUGCCGCCGCUGCUAUACACAUGAAACACAGCUUCCCCAUCAAGCUCGGUCUCAUGGUGGGCAUUGGCGGAGGCGUACCAAGCCAGAUUCCCGAUAUCCGCCUAGGAGAUGUGGUGGUGAGCCUUCCAGUAGGCACACACGGAGGAGUGAUACAAUACGAUCUGGGCAAGAUGGAGUCAGACGGCUUCCGUCGAAAAGGACAUUUGGACAAGCCUCCGAAGGCACUCUUGAGCGCUCUGAUCUCACUACGAGCAAAGCAUGAAGCAAACGAGCCUGAUUUUCCCGAAUACUUAUCCGCAAUAUCGAGGAACAGAAGGAUGGCGAAGAAAUACGGGUUCCAGGGAUCCGAGAACGAUCAGUUGUUCGACAAUGAUAAUCAAGCCGUGAAUCGCGGCCCCCGCGAGGAUGUCUCGCCUCAGGUCUUCUACGGCACGAUCGGUUCGGGCGACCUGGUGAUGAAGAACAGCGGGGAACGAGACUCACGAGCAGCGGACGACAAGAUCUUCUGCUUCGAGAUGGAGGCGGCGGGACUCAUGAAUGACUUUCCCUGUUUAGUCAUCCGCGGAAUCUCAGACUAUGCCGAUUCGCACAAGAAUGACCGAUGGCAACCCUACGCGGCGGCGACAGCGGCUGCAUAUGCGAAAGAGCUCUUGAGUGCACGGAUCAAUGCUGAUACAUAUCUAUCAAGGNNGAAACACUUCGUUCCAUUUAGCCUUAAGGGCGUCCCUGCGAUUGACCACUUUGUGAAACGUGAUGAAGACAUGCAGAAGCUCGAGGACUUCUUCGUUAACCAGACAUCGCAACCUGUCCGGCGUAAGAGAUUUGUUGUUCACGGUCUUGGUGGCAUUGGCAAAACACAACUUUGUAUUGAGUUUGCUCGGAAGCACCAAGCACGAUACACCGCAGUUCUAUGGAUGGAUGGAUCGUCCGAAGAUGCUCUGCAACAAUCUUUUACCAAGGUGUUUCCUAUGUUGCCAGCCGAGGAGAUGCCGCCAAAUCUAGUCGAAGCGGUCGAACGUCAGAAGGCCAGUACAGAACGCAUAGUACAAGGUGUGCUUGACUGGUUGUCUCUGCCCUCAAAUCAGGAUUGGCUUCACAUCAUCGAUAACGUGGACCAUGACAUCAAUACCAAGCAUGAGGAUUCAUUAGCCUACGACUUGGCGAAAUAUUCUGCGCAAGUAGAUCACGGCAGCUUACUAAUCACCAGCAGAGUCUCGACAUUGACAGUGCCCCAAAAUGCACAUCAACUGACGGAGAUGAAUGAUAAAGAAGCACGUGCACUAUUCGAGGANCACAGAGGGAAGCCAUUAUCGGGUCCACCAACUCGCGACGAGUCAAAAGACCUUGAGAGGCUCCUCCAAAAGCUACAAGGGAUGCCUCUUGCUCUAGCUCAAGCUGGAGCAUACAUUGGUCAUACCAAUACCAGCCUUGGCGAAUAUCUGGACCACUACGACAGCACUUGGGACGACUUGAUCAAAGCACAGGACUCAUAUCCUCUGCAGGAAUAUGCUCAGGGAAGUCAUAGAAGCAUGCUGACAACUUGGAAAAUUUCAUACCAGCAGGUGGAAAGCGAGAGUUUGGAAGCAGCCACACUACUGAAGCUAUGGGCUUUCCUCGACCCAAGAGACUUAUGGCUGUUUGAUUGGAAUCGAGCAUUUGAGGAGGCUACGGAGAUCCUCGAGCACGCUAUAGAAAAAGCGGAGAACAGUUUUGGUGAAGAUGAUCCGCACACUUUGUACAUCGCUUAUCGCCUCACUGGUGCCUACCUUGACCUCAAGAAGCAUACUGAGGCACAACAGCUAGCUGAGCACAGCCUGGCAGUCUGCGAGAAAUUGCUUAUCUCAGAUUCGGGCCUUUCUGCAAUCGUCCUGGAACAUGUGGGAUGGACUCUCGUGGUUUUAGGUAAGACCUACCAAGCGCAGACAAGGUGGGAAGAUGCUGAGGGCAUAUACGAGCGAGCGAUAGGACUAUUUGACCAGCAGCAACAGCAACAACUAUGUGCGCCGGUUGCUAUGAUUCGCUUAGGGAACGUCUGUAUUAAGCAGGGCAAGCUCGGAGAGGCCGAGGCGGUGCUUGAGCGAGCAUUAGAAGUGAGUUCGAAGCUCCUUGGUCCAGACCAUAGAUAUACGCUCGAAGCCCUGACCGCACUUUCCGAUGUUUACGGCAAGCUUGACAAGCUCGUGGAAAUGAAAGAAGUGGCAGAGAGAGCAGCAGCGGGGUUUGACAGGAUAAUUCUCGAGGACCAGCAUCCCGGUGCUGGUUUGGCUAUGGACAGAAUAAAACUGUUCAGGAGGCAAGGCAAGUUUGCAGAAGCUAUAGUGCUCGCCGAGCGACUCCUGACAGAGCACGAGGCGAGAUGGGGUCCAGAACAUCAGGAUACACUCCAUGUCGCCUUUUCAUUGGCCUCUCUUCACGACAAGGACAGCAGAUGGCAAGAAGCAAGGACCUUGUGUGAACAACUUAUGCCGAGAUUCGAGAGCACGAUAGGUUUUCGUAACCCGCUCUCUUUAGACGUCAUGUGGCUCCUUGCGCACAUCUACGCCUCGAGAUUUAACAUGGCUAGGCUGGGUCUACAGCAAACAGGGCGAUAA